AUGAAAAUGGAACAUGCUGAUUCCCACAUAUCGCGCCAGGUGCAACGUCAACGAACAUCUAUCCAUCACAGCUACACAUCUAACUCUCUCUCGAACCCUACCACUAUAAUUAGCUUCAAUCAACCACAGCCGGAAGGGGCGGAGGAAUUAAUAUCGACAAUAUCCAACGCUCGUCCCUCGUCGGGGCGAGAUCACGAGAUCGACCCUGAAAUCACUCCAUUUGGCCAUCGAUCGUCACACUCAUCUGAAAUUGCACCUCGUAAAACGUCCGUGAUCUUUCAGACUCAAAGCAAAGGCCCUUGGGAGGGACACGACAUCACCGACAACUGCCUUGUGUCUCUUCAUGAUAGAGAUGGAUAUGCAAGUGGUACUAUGUCUCCCAUAUACAGCAAUCCUAUUACACUUUCUCGCCGAGCAACUACGACUGAACUAGGUAUUACCUACUCACAACGCACUCACAGCUCAUCUUCUCUGCUAUCAGUUCGCGGCGUUGAGUCGGCUUCUACUGUAACCAUGGCAAGGCGAAGCGCGCCUGUCCAUUUUGCGCACAAGUCAUGGCCCUCUCGGUUUUCCCCUCCUCCGCGCCCUCUCCGUCAACGGGCUGGCACUAUACCUAUGGAAACACCCUCUGUUAUCACGUCCAUACAAACCCACACCAAGUCGACGACUCCAUCUCGCAUAUCAGAUCUAAGCACUUGCGCAACUCUUGUUUGUUCUCCGCGCGACGAUAACCAAUCAACGCAUCCUUUGGCUACAUCAUAUUAUAAGGAACAGGUGCAACGGCGGAGUUGGGACAAGCAAGAAGGGCAGGCACACCGCUACACCCAAAGGCCAGUAGAAAUAAUUAGUCCUAGUAAUUUGCGAGAUGGCGAGAAGAGUAGCUGGGACAGCGACGAUGAUGACGAGGAUGAUGCUGCCAUUUCACGGCAGAGCACUGAUGGAAAAACAUAUGGACGUUUUCGACUACUUCAGCUGAAGCAAAAGUUUACUAUGGGUGGAAUGUCAUGUUGGAUAGGAGAUUAUGGUCAGAUGAAAGAUGGAACGUGGCAAAAGGCCGUACAAAAGGGCACAGAUAGUAAGAAGAAGGUGGCUAAAACCCUUCGCGGUGUUUUCCGUAUCAAAGUAGCUUCACCAUCGCCUAGCUAG